UUGCCUCUUCACAAAACACAACUUAGCUUCAAUCUUCUCUCCUUCUUCCUCUGCAGAAAGAAUAACAACACUAUACAGUGCUGAUACAGUAGCAAAUUAAGAUGUCACGUCUCAUAGGUGGCCUCUUUGACAAUGGUCAGAAGAUAAAGGGCACUGUGGUGUUGAUGCCCAAGAACGUGUUGGACUUCAACGCCUUAACUUCCAUUGCUAAAGGCAGUGUUACUGACACUGCCAAAAAUGUCUUUGGCACUGUCGUUGACGUAGCUGGUAGUUUGGUUGAUGCUGCAACUGCCUUCGCAGGCAAAAAUAUUUCCUUGCAGUUGAUCAGUGCUACUCAAGCUGAUGCUAGUGGAAAAGGAAAAGUUGGAAGCAAAACAUAUGUGGAAAAACAUCUUCCGACCUUUCCAACGUUGGGAGCUCAGCAACUAGCAUUCCGUAUUUCCUUUGAUUGGGAUGCCAAAUUUGGAAUUCCAGGAGCAUUUUACAUCCAAAACUAUACAACUGACGAGUUUUUCCUCGUCAGUGUUCUUCUUGAGGACAUUCCAAACCAUGGAACCAUUCACUUUGAUUGUAACUCCUGGAUUUACAACUUCAACAAAUACAAGAAAGAUCGUAUUUUCUUUGUGAAUGAUACAUAUCUUCCAGGUGCAACACCAGCUCCACUUGUCAAAUACAGACAAGAAGAAUUGGAGACUCUUAGAGGAGAUGGAACUGGUAAACGCCAGGAACAAGAUAGAAUCUAUGACUAUGACGUGUAUAAUGACCUUGGAAACCCAGAUGGUGGUGAUCCUCGCCCAAUCCUUGGAGGAUCUAUCAUCCAUCCUUACCCUCGCAGGGUUAGAACUGGUAGAGAACGAACCAGGACAGAUCCCAACAGUGAGAAACCAGGCGCGAUUUAUGUUCCAAGAGAUGAAAAUUUUGGUCACUUGAAGUCAUCAGAUUUCAUCAUGUAUGGAAUAAAAUCUUUAUCUCAGAACGUGUUGCCCCUGUUAAAAUCUGCAAUUUUUGACUUAAGGAUCACAUCAAGUGAGUUUAAGAACUUCGAAGAUGUGCGUAGUCUCUAUGAGGGUGGAAUUAAGCUGCCAACAGAUUUUUUUAGCCAAAUUAGCCCUGUACCUGCCCUCAAGGAACUCUUCCGCAGUGAUGGUGAAAAUGUCCUUCAAUUUCCAUUGCCUCAUGUUAUCCAAGUUAAAAGGUCUGAAUGGAUGACUGAUGAAGAAUUUGCAAGAGAAGUGAUUGCUGGUGUCAAUCCAAAUGUAUUUCGUCUUCUUCAGGAAUUCCCACCAAAAAGUUCUCUUGAUCCCUCUCUCUAUGGUGAUCAAACCAGUACCAUAGCAAGAGAACAGUUGGAGAUUAACAUGGAUGGGGUCACAGUAACACAGGCACUUAGCGCAAAGAGAUUAUUCAUAUUAGAUUACCAAGAUGCAUUCUUUCCGUAUUUGACGAGGAUAAACAGCCUACCCGUUGCAAGAGCUUACGCCACCAGAACAAUCUUAUUCUUGAAAGAUGAUGGCACUUUGAAGCCACUUGCUAUCGAAUUAAGCAAGCCACAUCCAGGUGGAGAUAAUUUGGGUCCUGUGAGCAAAGUUGUGUUGCCUGCAAUUGAUGGUGUUGACAGCACAAUUUGGCUAUUGGCCAAGGCUCAUGUAGUUGUGAAUGACUCUGGUUAUCAUCAGCUCAUGAGUCAUUGGUUAAAUACUCAUGCAGUGAUGGAGCCAUUUGCCAUAGCAACAAACAGACAACUCAGUGUGCUUCACCCCGUUUAUAAACUUCUCUAUCCUCACUAUCGUGAUACCAUUAAUAUCAAUGGACUUGCUAGGCAAUCUUUGAUUAAUGCAGGUGGAAUUAUAGAGCAAUCAUUUUUGCCCGGAAAGUACUCUAUUGAGAUGUCUUCAGCAGUUUACAAGAACUGGGUUUUUACUGACCAAGCUUUACCAGCAGAUCUUGUCAAGAGAGGAUUGGCUACUGAAGAUCCUUCUGCUCCUCAUGGCCUUCGUCUUGUGAUAGAGGACUACCCUUAUGCUGUUGAUGGACUUGAAAUUUGGGAUGCUAUAAAGUCAUGGGUAAAAGAGUAUGUGUCCUUGUAUUACCCUACAGAUGUGGCAAUUCAACAAGAUACUGAGCUCCAAGCAUGGUGGAAGGAAGUUGUGGAGAAGGGUCAUGCAGACCUAAAAGAUAAACCAUGGUGGCCUAAAAUGAAGACCAUUGAAGAUCUCAUACAAUCUUGCUCUAUUAUAAUAUGGACAGCUUCUGCUCUUCAUUCAGCUGUUAACUUUGGACAGUAUCCUUAUGGAGGCUAUAUCCUGAACCGUCCAACUCUAAGCAGAAGGUUUAUCCCUGAACCAGGAACUCCAGAAUAUGAUGAGAUGGUGGCGGAUUAUCAAAAGGCUUAUCUGAAAACAAUCACACCCAAGUACGAGACCCUCGUUGACCUUUCAGUGAUAGAGAUAUUAUCAAGGCAUGCUUCUGAUGAGAUCUACCUUGGACAAAGGGAUACUCCAAACUGGACAACUGAUAACAAGGCAUUAGAAGCUUUCAAAAGGUUUGGAAGCAAACUCACUGAAAUUGAGAGCAAAAUCAAUACAAGGAACAGUGAUCCAAGUCUGAGAAACCGACAUGGACCAGUUCAACUGCCAUACACAUUGCUCCAUCGUUCAAGUGAUGAAGGGUUAACUUUCAGAGGCAUUCCCAACAGUAUCUCUAUCUAAAAAGACUGUGUGGUUUCCUUCUCUUUAUCAUUGUACUUCUGAAUAAUUUACGUAUAUGCUUAGCUGUGUGUAACUAUAGCAUGUAUGUUUGCACUUUUGUAUUUCCAUGCUCUCAGUUCGCAUAUAAUAAAUAAGGAGUUUUUUCAA